AUGCAUUCGCAGAGAAAGGCUAUGUGGCUAGGUCUUGGGCUUAUUUGUGCUUUGACAAUCGUCAUCUUGAACGGUGUCUACUUUACCGCUUUUACAAAUGCCACUGCGACUACUGCUGCUACUACAACCACUAAUACUACCACCACCUCAAAUACUGCUACUACGUUUGCGCAUAGAUUGACAUCAUUCAUAUAUUCCCCAGAAAACCCAUUAUCAAGAAUAUCAAACAAACUCACUCGUGGUAAUGAACAGACUGAUUAUACUACUGGAAAACAAAACUAUGAAGUUGAUCCAGAAAAUCCCUUGAACAAUUUGAUGAACUCCUUCUUCCCUAUAGAUUCAGUAAUCAGAUUCAACACCACCGAACCGCAAGAUUGCGAUAACUUUACUAGUCACCAAAUAUACGGCAGGUAUGCAUCGUUCAGUCCUAUUUUGAACCAUGUGAAGCGCACCGAAUAUGCCUUACUUCCUCAUGACGCAUGCAGUGAGAUUAAAUUGAAUACAAAUAAACGAUUCAAAGACUUUAGUGAAUCUAAUAAGUAUUAUUACCUGCACAAGGCAUUGGUUGUGCUUCGAGGCGGGUGCACUUUUGUUGAUAAAGUUAAGUCAAUAAUGGACUCUGAUUUGCAACCCUCUGCAAUAAUAGUUGCCAAUGACGAACCCUUAAAGGGCCUCCUCACUAUGUUUUCCAGCACCUACAAUCAAGAUGGAACAUUGGAAAUACCCAUCAUGUUCAUUACUUAUGAGGAUUACAAAUUGCUUCAACACUAUGAGGGUUUAAACCUUACUAUCAGUAUCAGUACCGCAACUGUUGGUAGUUGGGUCACCAUAAUGUUGUCGAUGAUUUUUUCACCGCCGUUGCUCAUUAUUGUAUUGUACGCUGCAAUCGUUUGCGGCCAGAAACUUCGAAGGCGACAAAUCAACAAGCGAAAUGCUGAAAUGGUAAAGGAACUCCCCGUUUACAUUUACAACGAUCUACACUUGAUCAAAGAGGCUGAUUUCAAAAAGUAUUUGAAGGAACAUGCUAGUGAAUUUGAUAAUAUUGAAGCAUCGAUAGAGGAUGAUUGUCAUGGUAAUAGUAACAGUAGCAAUGGUGGUGGCGGUGCUGGUUUUGAUGGUGAUAAUGAUAAUGAUUAUGGUACAGGUGUCGCAACACCAAAAUCAGAAGCAUCGUCAUUGAUCAGAAAAAAGUACGAAAUUAGAAUUGACCCAAACUUGGCGGUAUUAACCACCCCUGCAGAGUUUUUUAGGUCCUACAAAUGCUCUAUUUGCUUAGAAAAGUACCGUCCUUUGAAAUCCAGAGUUCUCAUAUUGAAAUGUCGCCAUUUUUUCCAUGAAAAGUGUUUAUCCAACUGGCUCAUCAAUUUUAAAAGAAGUUGUCCAUUAUGCAAUUCAUCAUUCCUGGACCCGGAUCUGAACCAGCAAGUUAAUCAGAGAGGUGUGAUGAACGACGGCGUUGGCGGUAAUUAUGGAGCAACCGCGGAUUUAGAGCUGGCGCCGGAAAAUGGAUCCCUGGUAGAGUCAGUAGCUUCGACGACUUUAAGGGUGGGACCAACUGUAACUGUAUUUGAGAUCAAUAAUCCACCCAUUUUGAGUAAUGAAGCUCCGCAAACCCUAUCAAGGCAGACUUCUUUCAAUUCUCGACCGAUAUUGAUGACAAGACCGCUGGCAAUCUUGAGUCAAUACAAUAACAGUUCUGGUCUUGAUCGUGAAGAACUAAGUACCAGUAUUGAUUCUGCAAAUUAG